UUAUUAUGUUAUAAUAUAAAAUCAUCAAAUAGUACAAAUUAUUUAAAUAUUGUAAAAAAUGAUAAUAACAUUUCAAUAUUUUCUGAAUAUUUACAGAAAAAUAUUAAUCCUGCAUAUAGACAGAAAAUUAUGCAACAUUAUUUAAAAUUAUCUAUAAAUAAUAAUAAUCCAUUUUUAAUAAAUGAAAAAGUAAGCAAUCACUUUGCUACAUUAAUUAAAGAUGAUUUAUUGUUAAAUAUGUCUUAUGUUGUUGAAUUAAAUCCAGGAUAUGGUUUAUUAACAAAAGAUUUAUUAGAAGCUGGUAUAGAACAUAUACAUUUAUAUGAAAAUCGUAGCAUAUUUUAUUCUGAAUUAUAUAAUUUACAAAAAAUCUUUCCUAAUCGAAUUAUUAUAACUGAAACAAAUUUUCUUAAAAUAUCCAAACUAUUAUAUAUACCUGAUAAAUUAAAAUAUUUUAAUCAAUUAUUUAAUAAUGUAUCCAAAAGAAAAUGGGAAGAACAAAGUUAUAUGCAAAUAAUUGGAACAUUAGUUAAUUCUCAGUUUAUAAGACAUAUAAUAUUAAGUACAAUAUUUCAAACAGGCUUCAUGAUAAAUGGAAGAAUAAUUUUUUAUUUUGCAAUAUCACCAACUAUAUGGAAUAAAUUAAUAUAUCAAGGUAGUGGAAGUUUAAUUACUUAUGUCAUGUUUAAUAUAUUAUUUAAUUAUACAAUAUUUGGAACAUUAGAUAGAAAAGGAUUUUUACCAUGGCAAAAAAGAAAAAGAUUAAAGAAAUAUAAAAAAAUAGAAACUGAUAAUAAUUUUUUUUAUGUUGUUAAAUUCGAACCAAAACCUGAUAUUUUUACAUUAUUUGGUGAAAAAGAACAUAUAAUCAAUUUUUGGCAUUUUAUUCGACAAAAUUUAUAUAAACCUUCAACAAAAAUAAUACCAACUUUGGAGAAAAUAGUUCCUGGAUGUGGUAUAAGAUUAAUAAAAGACAAAAAUUAUAAUAUAUUUACUGAAUUUCAGCAGUUAAGUAUAAGUGAAAUUUUUGAUCUUUAUAUGGAUUUUAAAUCUUGGCCAGAAUUUAAACAAAGUUCAUUUUUAUCAAGUGCUAAUGAUAUAAAAAUAUUAAUAAUCAUGUUAAGUCAUAUAUAA